GCCGGUCGCCAAAACAGGUAAAACCCCUCUCUCGUUCUCUCUUUUUCUUUGCAUCUCGCCGCCGCCGGUCGCCAAAACAGGACCAUGGGCCCAUCGAAUAUCCGAGAUUUAUUAACAACCUUUACCCCUUCUUUGGACUUCUUUGCUAUCAGUUCUGGAGAUGGACGAAUUAAGAUUCUUCAGAUAGCACCUGCAUAGAGGAUUGCAGCAUUGCCAUGGGCCAUGAUGCCAUUGCACUCAAGAGUGGCUGGGAUGAAUAUGGCAUUGCCUAUGGUAGACCCACCACAAAUGUACACAUCAGACGGGUCAACCUUCAAUCAUCAUCUGGCUCUUCCCUGGCCUUCGGUAGUGAGAUGUCUGGUGGCAUUUCUAACGUCUGUGUGGAGCAGGUCCACCUAUACAACUCAUUCAGUGGCAUCGAGUUCAGAACUACCAAGGGAAGAGGUGGUUAUAUCCAAGAAAUCAUCAUAUCAGAUGUCGCAAUGGAAAACAUCCACACAGCCUUCAGUGCAACAGGCCAAAUCGGCUCCCACCCAGAUGACCAUUUUGACCCCAAUGCACUCCCUGUCUUGGAUCACAUCACCUUGCAGAAUGUGAUCGGCACAAACAUAACCAUUGCUGGAAGCUUCACUGGUAUUCAAGAAUCCCCGUUCACUUCCAUUUGUCUAUCCAACAUCUCCCUAUCAACUACUCCUCCUGCCUCCAUCUCUUGGGUUUGCUCAAAUGUCUCUGGGUUCUCCCAAUGGGUGUUCCCUGAACCAUGCCCAAGCCUUGAGAGCUCAUUACUGAACUCAUCUUCAACCUGUCUCUCCCGCCUGAAUUCUUCUCCCACUCAGACUGCAGUCUUAUGAUGCCAUUCUUCCAUUUUUCUUCAAGCCCCAAUCCUAGAUUCUUUCCAAUAAGACCCUGUCUAGAAUAUUUGUUUCCCCAUUUCCCCCAUUUGCAUUCUUGCAUGUUGUCAUCCGCAGAUUAUAUAUGUACAGCCUCAUUUCUUCAUUCAUGUGUAAGGAAAAGUUUUGGUAGUGAUUGCACAGAGGAUUCUGAGAUGUUAGUAGUGUUGCUCUUUGAAUUUCUUUAUUUCUAUAUUUACAUUUUGCUGAGUUGUUAUUUCAUUGUAAACCCUUUUCAGUGAAUAUUGAGUAGAUAUGGAAUGGAAUUUCUAGUGAAAUGUGAAUUGGAAUAAAGUGUUUCAGUUGUCAAA